AGGAAGGGCCGCGUGAGGCGGGCGCCAUUUUGUGGCGGCUGUGGGAGUCGAAACGAGUAGAGGAGGAGGUGUUGCCGUCGCCGCCUUUUUUUUUUAACCGCCCUGCGCUUAACUUCCCAGCCCUUUUUUUCUCCCCACCUCUCUACGAGGUUAACUUUUAUUGUUUUAACUCAGUUUUCCCAGCCCCUUUUUCCCCUUUCUUUCCCUUUUUCGGGUCUUUUAAAUUUUUUAAAUAUUUUUUCUUUAUUUUCGGCCCGCCUCUCUUGUUUCUCUCGUCCACGAAAUCGGCCCGACCAACCGCAGCCAUUGCCGACCUCGCCAUGUCUGGUGGCGGCGUGAUCCGCGGCCCGGCCGGGAACAACGACUGCCGCAUCUACGUGGGCAACCUCCCUCCAGACAUCCGCACCAAGGACAUCGAGGACGUCUUCUACAAGUACGGCGCCAUCCGGGACAUCGACCUCAAGAACCGCCGCGGGGGCCCGCCUUUCGCCUUCGUCGAGUUUGAAGACCCCAGGGAUGCAGAGGAUGCAGUGUAUGGACGGGAUGGAUAUGAUUACGAUGGGUACCGUCUCCGAGUGGAAUUUCCUCGAAGUGGCCGGGGCACCGGCAGGGGAGGCGGUGGUGGUGGAGGUGGUGGAGCCCCAAGGGGCAGAUAUGGACCCCCAUCCAGGCGCUCGGAGUACAGAGUGAUAGUAUCAGGAUUGCCUCCCAGUGGAAGCUGGCAGGAUUUAAAGGAUCACAUGCGUGAAGCAGGUGAUGUAUGUUAUGCUGAUGUUUUCCGAGAUGGAACUGGUGUCGUGGAGUUUGUACGGAAAGAAGAUAUGACCUACGCAGUGCGAAAACUGGAUAACACUAAGUUUAGAUCUCAUGAGGGAGAAACUGCCUACAUCCGUGUUAAAGUUGAUGGCCCGAGAAGUCCAAGUUAUGGAAGAUCUCGUUCUCGCAGCCGUAGUCGUAGCAGGAGCCGUAGCCGAAGCAACAGCAGAAGUCGCAGUUAUUCCCCGAGAAGAAGCAGAGGAUCUCCACGCUACUCUCCCCGUCACAGCAGAUCACGUUCCCGUACAUAAAUGAUCUCUAAUGGUCCUCCUUUUUGUAGAACCCCACCAUGUUGUAUGCAGUUUUCCUUUCUUGAGUACAAUCUUUUCUUUUUUUAAAAAAAAAGUAUCCAGAUGUUUUAUUCAAAAUUGGCUAAAGUGUUGAAUUGCAUUCUUGUAUAAUAUCCCUAGUGAAUAUUUGCUUAACAUCAACAUUCCCUCACAUGUUUCAUAGUGUAUUUUAAAAUGUUCUAGACAGGUUUCUCUCUAGUUAGUUUGUUUCCUGCUCACAUUUUCUUCCAACUGUGAUAACUGCUGUAUAAAAUGUCUUUGUUCAGCCAUGGUUUCUACAAACUGGGGAUGUUGGGAAUGUUUGGGGUUUAACUUGUCUCUUCGGGGGAAGCUUACAUUUUAUCUUGCCUUUUCAUGUGUCUUUCUGUAGACAUAUCUGAAGAGAUGGAUUAAGAAUGCUUUGGAUUAAAGGAUUGUGGAGCACAUGUCAAUCAUUUUAGGAUUGUCAAAAGGAGGAUUGAGGAGGAUCAGAUCAUUAAUGGAGGCAAUGGUAUGACUCCAAGUGCUAUUGUCACAGAUUAAAUUGGCAGUAUUGACCUUAUACAGAGAUACCAGCUGAACACACACAUACACCUGUUCCUGAUGUGCUUUAGUUAGCUGUAGUCUUUUAACCACCGGGAUAGCAAUUGUUCCUAGAAGCAUCCUUGUGACUGUUUCAGUCCUGGGGUGGGGAUGGGGGUAAUGUAUACUGAGUGACUGAAGUGUAUUGGUUGAUUACGGGUGCUGCCUGUUAACAUACUUGUAAAAUGCAGGUUGUUUCAGACCUGUGCGUAUAAUCUCAAUACUGCUAAAAUCUGCAUGUCCUCUGUGUGACUGAUAUAGCAUUGCUGUUUCAUCUUAAAAGUAAUGGAAUGAAAGCAAUUUUAAGAGGGGGUGGGGGAAAGCACCUUUGGGGGGGUUCCUUCUGAAGUCCACCCGCUUCUCCUUCAGGAUAAGUCAGGAGUUGACUUGCUAAUAAUUCAGUGAAUUUUGUUACGUUCCAGAUUGAAAACAAUGAGCUUUUAGUUUAGAUAUGUAGUAGACAAAUAGCUUUAGCAGCAAAUUUUUGCAACGUAUAACACUUUUUUGCAACCACAAAACCUGUAAUGCAAUAUAAAGGAAUUGAUAUAUUGGCAUUAUCAGUUAUCCUAUGUAAAUAUUAGAAUGUUCGUCAAUGAUUAAUAUUGGUAAAAUUUGAGCUUCACAAUUCAAAAGCUUGUCUCGGGGAAUUGAUAGUUAUCGAUGACCAUCUUAAUGAUUAUUGGAUGGCAGACAUAACUGAUCAUUUCCCAGAAUCCUAUUUUUCAUUACGGUAUCUAACUUUUUGCCUCCUUUUUUUUGGUUUUGCUGGUUAUAAAGGUUUGGAUUGGAGAGGGCUCACUGGAUCCCAAUCCUUGGAGCUGGAUCAUUGGAUUCAAAUCAUAAUGUGGAUAGGAUAGGGAGGAUCAAUUGCAAGGAUUCAUGGAGCGGGAUCAGAUUACCAGGAACAUAGGAGUGGAUUCCUGCCCCAACCAAACCGCACUCGUGUGGAUUUUUAUUCAACUCAAUUGGCUAUUCCAAAGAUUUUUCCUAUUUUUGACGAUUGGAGCCCUUAAGAUGCACGAUGGAGUUUUCCCUUUUUUGGUAAAAGGAGCAAAGCAAGGACCUGGAGAGGUACGCUGGAGCAUUCUCCUUGGAAGGAUUCCGCACGAGUAGAUGGUAAAUGUUAAAGGGGAAAAGGGGGGGUUUGUUUGAAAACAUUAAAUCAAUAAGUCAUUUAUCUAAAUUUAAAGACACAAAAGAAAUUGGAGUCUAAAGAUUAAGUAGGUUUUCAAUUGGCUAUUGCCUUUUUUUCUUUUCAUAAAUAAAAUUUUAUAAAAAAUUG